AGCGAGGAGAGACCGAGCCGGGCCUCCACGCCGGAGAGGCCUUCCCGGGGGACAGGGGAAGGUGGUCGGCUGGAGGGGAGGAGGAGCCUCUGCGGGCCGCUGCCGUUGACCCGCAUCCAGGUUUGAUUAAUUCAGAAGGAGCUUACUGUUCUGGUGCAAGAUGCAGUGUUUAACACAUCGAUUAGAAUUGUUUCCUGACUGUCUUGUGACUCUUAUCCUAUUUAAUGAUGUGAAAAAUGCUGCUACUUUGCGGAAGAAAGCAAUGGAAGGUGCUAUUGAUGGAGCGUUAAUUAAUCCUGCGAUGGUUGUUGAUCCUUUUCAGAUACUAGUAGCAACAAAUAAAGCUGUUCAUCUCCACAAAAUUGGCAAAAUGAAGACAAGAACACUUAAUGCUGAAAUCAUAUUCAACCUUUCACCGAACAAUAAUAUUUCAGAUGCCUUCAAAAAAUUUGGCAUUUCCGAUAGCGACUCUGCAGUACUCAUAGUUCUGGUUGAACACCAAGAGAAAACUGUGAAUCUGAAUGAUCUAAUAAGUCAAGUAGACGGCCAGCAAGUUUCCAUAGCUGAUCUCUCUAAAAUAAGUGAUAUACAGAAAAUUAAGAAGGUAUACAAGCUCACUCCCCAAGAAGAAAAAAUAGGCACCCUCUUAGAUGGCAUCAUUUGCAGAAUGGCAACAAAAGAUGUUACAUGAAGAAAUAUGACUGCGUUAGAACGAUAGCAGCCUGUUGCUGGAAGAAAUGUUAUUUUUAGUCUCUUUCCUGUCUGGUUCUGCCAGUAUUAGAAGUAUUUUGGAAUCUCUGAUUUGAUUUGAAGCACAAUCUUACAUAAUUUUAUUACAUGAAGCACAGCAAUGCAGUUUUUUUGAAGUGCCCUGCUGCCAAUAAUUGUCAAAUUUAAAUAUUAAAAAUUAAAACUGCAGAAUUCUGAGGCCAUCGCCCUUCAUUGCAUGCCACCAUGAUUUUUUGACUCAAACUCUCAAUUUUCCCUGGAAAACACAGCAACAAGUAAAAAAAGCAGCAAAUUGUCAUUAGAAUUCUUUGGUCAUUAAAAAAAUGGUUUAUUCAGCAAGACUAGGAACUUUAGAUAAUUCUAUACUAAUUCCCUGCUUUCAUCUCAUUUUCAGUCUAAUGAAAGUCUCAUAGUACUCUGUUGCUCCAAAGAGACUAUUCCCACGUGAGAAAAUUGAGAGUUAAUGUCACUUCUCCUAGGACCACGAUUCUGCUUCUUUGUAAUGCCAGCCAUGUUGAAAACAACUGGAUGUUCUAGCCCUUUGUUUUCAUGGUCACUCUUAAGUUCCUUCUGUCUCAUUCUACUGUUCCUUUGAGUUGCCCUGCCCUUGGCCAAGCUUCUCUGAUCAGAUGGAGCCAACACAGGUAAAUUCCACUUUGCUGUAAUCCUCAUUUUCUUUUUUCUGUAGGCUUAUUACAGCUCCCUGUUUCAACCAAGCAUAACCCAUAUAGCACUUGGUGCCCUCUGUUUGUGU